AUGCCAUCUCACGAGGCCCCUCCCGAUUAUAUACAACGUGACUCUGAACAGAGCUCUGUCAAUGAUAUCAAAAUCCCCGCGGCCGAGUUGCAAGAAGAUAUUGUAGCCGCGAGAUCUUUGAAGCGAGAACCUCCCGAAUAUGUCAAGUCACUGAGUCCAGAAGAGCGGAGGAUCGCAGAGUGUGCUCUCGUCCGCAAGAUCGAUCUCCGGUUGAUCCCUACCAUUGUCAUCAUGUACAUUAUGAACUACCUUGACCGGAACAAUAUUGCUGCAGCGAGACUUGCUGGGCUCGAAGAUGAAUUGCAGCUCCACGGCACCCAAUACCAGACAGCAGUCAGCAUUCUCUUCGUCGGUUACCUUCUCAUGCAAAUUCCAUCCAAUCUCUUCCUCAACAAGAUUGGGAGGCCUCGCAUCUACCUUCCUACCGCCAUGGUCUUAUGGGGCAUCAUUUCAGCUGUCACCGCUGCUGUCAACUCCUUCGGCGGCCUUGUCGCUGUGCGAUUUGUACUCGGUUUUGUCGAAGCUGCCUACUUUCCAGGCUGUCUCUAUUUUCUGUCCGCAUGGUAUAAGAGAUCCGAACUUGGCUUCAGAACCGCGAUGUUGUACUCUGGUUCCCUGAUUUCGGGAGCCUUCUCCGGUCUCAUAGCCGCAGGUAUCACGAAGAAUAUGGACUACUCUCUGGGCCUAAGGGCGUGGCGAUGGCUCUUCAUCAUUGAAGGUUGUAUCACCAUCGCAAUUGCAUUCGGAGCUAUUUUCGUCCUGCCCAAUUUCCCUCGAACCACGCCAUGGCUGAGUGAACAGGAGAAGCAGCUCGCCGUCUGGCGCUUGGAGGAGGAUAUCGGCGAAGAUGACUGGAUCGACAGCAAGCAGCAGACCUUCUGGCAUGGCUUUAAGCUUGCGGUCAAAGAUAUCAAGAUGUGGAUUAUGAUGGUCAUGCUCUUCUGCAUCGUCGCGUCGGGCUCCGUGACAAACUUCUUUCCUACCGUCGUCCAGACCCUGGGCUACGGUGACAUCGAGUCCCUCCUGCUCACUGCUCCCCCUUACGUUCUCUGCGUGAUCACGGCUUUCUUCAACGCCUGGCACGCCGACAGGACGGGUGAACGUUACUUCCACGUCACGAUUCCUCUCUAUGUUGGCGUGGGCUCCUUCAUCCUCGCGGCCGCCACCACCUCAAUAGCCCCCCGCUACGUUGCGAUGAUGCUCAUGGUCCCCGGCGUCUACACUGGCUAUGUCGUCGCCCUUGGCUGGAUCAGCAACACCAUGCCCCGACCACCUGCGAAGCGCGCAGCCGCCCUCGCGGCCAUCAACGCCGUCAGCAACACCAGCUCCAUUUACGCCAGUUAUAUGUUCCCCAAGAGUGCAGGACCGCGGUAUAUUCUGGCCAUGAGCGUCUGCUCGGCAACGGCGUUCAUUGCCAUUGUCUCCGCGACGAUUCUGCGCAUCAUUCUCGUCCGCUUGAAUCGUAAGCUUGAUCGGGGCGAAUGGGUUGAAGGUGCGGUCAAUAAGGCCUCCGGUUCUGGAGCAGCCGCUAUCGCGCCGGAGGGCGCCGUUCCCGGAGAGGCUGUUGCACGAGGAUUCAGAUUCCUCAUAUAA